AUGAGAAAAGAACUAAAGUAUAUUAUAUGGGCUCAUAUAAUUCUUAUAUUAUAUCUAGCGUAUUUAUCAUUUGAUUUAAUUACUCUUCUUUAUGAUGAUUCAUUUAGUGAUGCUUUAUUAGAAGUAGAAUUAAACCCAGUAAAUGAUAUAAUAGAUAAACCACAACUUAUUCCUAAAAUCAUUCAUCAAACUUAUAAAACCAAUGAUAUUCCAGAAAUUUGGAAAGCUGGUCAACAAGCAUGUAUUGAUUUACAUAAACAAGAUUAUCAAUAUAUGUUAUGGACAGAUGAUACUGCCCGAAAAUUCAUUCAGGAACAUUAUCCUUGGUUUCUUAAAACAUGGGAUUCUUACCCCUAUCCUAUCCAACGAGCAGAUGCUAUAAGAUAUUUCGUCUUGGAUCAUCAUGGUGGGAUUUAUAUUGAUCUCGAUGAUGGGUGUCAACGGAAAUUAGAUGCUUUGUUGACCGUACCAGCAUUUGUACGUAAGACAUUACCAACGGGGAUUUCUAAUGAUGUUAUGGGUGCCGUUCCAUCUCAUCCAUUUUUUAAAAAAGUGAUUGAAGAUUUACAAAAAUAUCAACGGAAUUGGUUGGUUCCUUAUAUAACCAUUAUGUUUUCAACUGGACCUUUGUUUUUAUCGGUAAUGUGGAAACAAUAUAAGAGAUGGGGUGUACCUGAGGCUGGGAAAGUUAGAAUCUUAAUGCCAGAGGAUUAUAAGGGUAAUAAAUAUUCGUUUUUUUCAAUUGCUCCCGGGUCAUCUUGGCAUAUGCAUGAUGCUAAGUUUGUAAAAGGAUUAGCUAAUCAUUUGGUAUUGGCAGUUAUUGGAGGGUUUUUAAUUGCGGCGGUGGUUUUUUUGAUUGAAUAUUUGUUUUAUCUUUGGGUAACUUCUUCAAGUUUUAAGAAGUUACUUAAUAAGAUUACUAAUAUUUUUGUUCAAUUUACAAGAUUAAUUAAACUUGAUCAGGCAUAUAAUUUCAUCAUGUCAUAUUUCUCCCUGAGUUCAUCAUCGAAGAGUUAUACUCAACUUCCAGGUGAUGAAGAAUCCCAACAACAACCUCCAAAGAAGAAAAACAAGAUUUUAAAUCUUUUAAACUAUAAUAAAUCAGUCAAGAGAAGAUCAAGAAAAGAUUCAAAUCUUCCAAUUGAAUUCAACAUCUUAGAAAAAAUAGCAGAUGAUGAUACAACAAUAGUUGACAAUUCAACAAUACCGAGCCCAAUCGGGACUACAGCACCUGUUGCUAACCCAUCUCCUGAACAAAUAAUAAUAAAUGAUGCGAAUAAUGGCAGAAAUUCAUCGGUGGACACAUUGGUUAGCGUGAAUGGAAGUGGAAGUUCUAGUGGAGAUGAUGAGGCGGAGAUUUAUGUCAUGAGAAAGAAUGACCAUAUAGUAUAG